AUGGAAGAGUAUGACCAAAGCCGUUCUGUUUCAAAGCCAAGCCACCGUCGAAAAAGAGUUCUCAUUGUUCUAGAUGAUGUGCAAAAUGCUAAAGACGCGGAGUUGUUUCUUGGUGGGGGAUUUGGUCCAGGGAGUUUGAUUAUCAUAACCUCAAGAGAUGAACAAGUUCUUAAGGAGUGCCAUGUUAAUGAGGUUUAUGAGCUUCAAGGCCUAAACCAAGAAGAUGCUUUGAAGCUAUUCACAAGAUGUGCCUUUGGCAAAGACGUGACAGAUAAGAAUAUUUUGGAGUUUGCAGUGAAAGAGGUUGAAUGUGCUAACGGGAACCCAUCAACUAUCCGUGCACAUGCCACAAUGAGAGACAAGAAACUGAGUUUGGCAAAGUUGAAGAUAGUAAAUCUUAGCCAUUCUCAGAAACUAGUUGAAGUUGAUGAACUCUUGAAAGCUUGUAGUCUUGAGCAAAUCGACCUUCAAGGUUGCACAAGCUUGGAGAGCAUCCCACACAAUGAUCGGCUAAAGAAUCUUCAACUUUUGAAUCUCUCUGGUUGCACAAGAAUCAAACGUACAGAGAUUAUAGAAAAUAUCAAAGGACUGGAUCUAGAAGGCGGUUUAAGAGAAACCAAAACUGAAUGUUAUCCACGUUAG